AUGGAGGGAAGAAUCACAGGAAUGAUGUACAUACUGAUCACAAUAGCAUUGGUGAAUGAGAUGUCCACAGCACAAGCAAGAGACAACAAUAAAAGGCGAGCAAAAGAGAAAACGGGUGGGUUCCAAAAGAAUAUUUGCGACAUCACUGAUCGCGAUUCAAAAGUCCAUUGCUAUUGCGAGAAUGCGAGGGAGCCGAGGAAUGCUACGAAGGCCGAAUGCUGGGUGUUUAACGGCGGAAUACCGCCAGAAGACUACAUCUGGCAAAGUUUCGCUUCGCAGCCGACUUUGCAAACUUUGUCAUUUAAUGUUCGCGUUGACGGCGCGCUAGGCUACGUGCCGACAAAAGCUCUCCAAUACUUGCAAAGAUUGCGAGUCAUCAAUAUUAAAUACGGGAACAUCAUCGAAGUCACAACUUUUGCAUUCGCAAAUUUAACUAACUUGAGGGAGGUGACCUUGUCUCAGAAUCAGAUAGAGACGCUGCAGCAAUAUGCUUUUGCACAUCUGCCUAAUCUGACCACAAUAAAUUUAGAAGAAAAUAUGAUCGUUGAGAUUACAAAGGAUGCAUUUUUCGAUUUACCGAUGUUGCAGAAAUUGAUAAUCACAAAAAAUAACGUAUCUCAGAUCAAAGACGGUGCAUUCCAACACACUUUCAAUUUGCUCGAAUUGGAUUUGAACAAAAACAACAUACAGCAUUUAAAUAGACACACCUUUGAUGGUUUAGCAAAUCUCCGUAAGCUUGACCUAAGGAAGAAUCACAUAUAUAAUUUGACCGAGUUUACGUUUGCAGAGCUAUGGAAUUUACAAGACCUGCUUUUGGGUAAAAAUGAUUUGAAAUAUAUAUCAGAAAGGGCUUUCGACGGGUUGUCUCAGCUCAAGAAGUUAUCACUCGAUGAUAAUAAGCUUACGGCACUCCCAUCUGGUCUGUUUGAGGGUGUGAGGGGGCUCAGUUCGCUCGAUUUGCGUUCGAACGAACUACACGCUCUAACUUUCGACAACAUCAAGCCCAUAUUGGAUAACUUGAAGCCACCAAACAGCAAUUUGCACGUGGAAGAUAACAGCUUCGUGUGUGAUUGCCGAUUGAAGUGGAUGCAUGAGCUCCGUAACGAAACAAAAAGUCAGAGCACAAAAGAAUCGCUUGAGAGUGUCACUUGCAAAACCGACCCGCCCAUCGUUAGCUCCGCUUACAACAAAAUGUCCGACGACGGAAAACUGGAGUUCAACAAAGACAUUCUGCACGCAGGAAUAACCAUCGAGACUAUAGACAAAAAUAACAUUACGGAUAAGAGGACGACCGCUGAGGACUUAUCUAAAGAACACGUUAACGAUAUUAUAGUACCCUCAUCGAAAAGAGGUAUGAAGAGGAAUGUUUUGAAGAUACCGCCGGAUACUUUACCUUGCCCCGUGGAGAAGAGGACGACGACAGAUGUGAUCCCGUUUAUGCUAGACCCAGUCAUACCGAUCCAAAAUGAAAUGAAAACCUUUCGAUUCCAUGAAAUGAAUUCAGCCUUUAGGUCUUCUGCGUCUGCUUGUGUGGCAUGGAGCCUGUGCUUUGCUUUUUGCUUUACAUGGGUUCUAAUUAGUUCUCUAAUU